AGUUUUAAUGAUAACUUUUUUUAUCUUCAGGAAACUCGCACUCUGGCAGAGAUUGCAAAGGUGGAACUAGACAACAUGCCUCUACGUGGGAAGCAGCUAAGAGUGCGUUUUGCAUGCCACAGCGCAUCGCUGACAGUCAGGAACCUGCCUCAGUUUGUGUCCAAUGAGCUCCUGGAGGAAGCCUUCUCAGUGUUUGGCCAGGUGGAAAGGGCUGUGGUUAUUGUGGAUGACAGAGGACGAUCCUCUGGGAAAGGCAUUGUGGAAUUCUCAGGGAAGCCUGCUGCUAGGAAAGCCCUGGAUAGAUGUAGUGAUGGGUCUUUCCUGCUAACUACAUUCCCUCGGCCUGUCACUGUGGAGCCCAUGGAUCAGUAUGAUGAUGAAGAGGGACUACCAGAGAAACUAGUCAUUAAAAACCAGCAAUAUCACAAGGAGCGUGAGCAGCCUCCUCGAUUUGCACAACCUGGCAGCUUUGAGUACGAAUACGCCAUGCGUUGGAAGGCUCUAAUAGAGAUGGAGAAGCAGCAGCAAGAACAAGUAGACCGCAACAUCAAGGAAGCUCGAGAGAAGCUGGAAAUGGAAAUGGAAGCAGCUCGCCAUGAGCACCAAGUUAUGCUCAUGCGGCAAGAUUUAAUGAGACGCCAGGAAGAGCUGAGGAGAAUGGAGGAAUUGCAUAAUCAAGAAGUACAAAAACGUAAACAGUUGGAACUCAGGCAAGAGGAAGAACGCAGGCGCCGUGAGGAGGAAAUGAGAAGGCAGCAAGAAGAGAUGAUGAGACGCCAGCAGGAAGGAUUUAAAGGGAAUUUUGCUGAUGCGAGGGAGCCACCAGACAUGCGAAUGGGACAGAUGGGUAUGGGAGGUACCAUUGGCAUGAACAAUAGAGGAGCUAUGGGUGGCACCAAUGUCCCAGCUGCUGCACCUCCUGCAACUGGUCCUGGAGCUAUGAUACCUGAUGGAGCCAUGGGAAUG